AGCAAAGCAAUAUCAACUUGAUCGAGGAUGGAAAAGAGCAAAGCUAUCUCAGUCUCAUUCCUUCUCUCUCUUCUUCUGUUUGCCUUUGUCUGUGAUGCAAGAAAAGAUCCAGGAGAAGUGUGGAAGGUUGUGAUGGAUGAAGAGACUAUGCCUAACGCAAUCAAAGAUCUUGUCGAUGUUGGCUCGAAUAUGAAAAUGGAUCGUUUCGUUAGGGAUUUCGAUGUAAAGCCUAAUGUUAUCAUAUAUCACAGCCGUGAUCAUGCUCAUACUGAAGUCGAGGGUAAUUAGGUUAGGUGUCGUAUGCAAUAGUGGUUAUGAAAUUUGUUACAAUCCUAUGUCUAGAUAGUUUGGACCGUUUUCAUAUGGAAAAAUAAUUUGUUUGUUUUAUA